AUGGCCCUCCCUGACCACACAAAGCCAAUCCUGCAAUCCUCCAACCACGAAAUCAAGCAAACUCUUCUUCACGGUCCUCCUCCUGGCCAACAGUUCCCCUUCCUGGUGCCCACUCAUCGACGUCGAAUCGACCUCCCUCUCGCCCAACGCUCAAUCAUCGAAACCAAUCUCGCGCACCAAACCACUACUCGUCCAUCUAUUUCUUGGUCUUGGGAAAAGACUGAGAAGUAUGUGCGUCACAAGGAUACUUUGAUGCUUGAGUAUCUGUACGAUUACCCUGUUGUUGAAUGGGUUAUAGAGGCCGAGGAAGCGAGAUAUGCGGUUGAGACCUUUCUUGCUAGGGAAGAGAUGAGGAGGUUAGGGGCUUCUGUUUUUGCAGAGGAUACGCCUUUUUCGUGGUGGAUGCGUGGUGAAGUGGCACCUGUCGAUGACAAUUUGUCUAUCUCGAAUAAGGGUGAUGUUGUUGAAGAUGAGCAGGAAGAAGUCGGAGAAGUGGAGGAAAUGGAAGUCGAGCAAGAAACCGCUACCCCUGAGCCGCUUCUUGCCUCACCGAACAUCUCACGACUGGCAGACCCUGCUGCAUCAGAAGAAUCAAGAGAAUCUGAAGACGAGCAGACGUCAGAUCAAUCACCAGACGACACCACAGAAACACCCAUAGUCAACCCAGAACCCCGUCGAUCAACUCGCAUAACUGAGCAAAAGCUCAAAGAGGAGCAUGAUCAACAAGCCAUGGAAGAAUCUCUCAAACCCAUCCCUCAUACCACUCAGACAAAGAGACUCAUCAGUCUCCCCAAGAGAUCGAAGCAAAAGAGUGUUCAGAGCAGACAGCAAGAAAACCAACGCCCACGUCGCCGCUCUACUCGCGUUUCAGCAAAACGCACUUUUGCAGAUGAGCCUUGGAGUGAGCCUAGAUACCAAACCAACUAG